GUGGGGUCACUUAUUCCUUGGCAGUGGUUCUGCUUUGGGAUUGAUGUCUGAGGAGAGAAGGGUUUUUUUGUGUGAAGCUUGUGGUGUUGAGAGAGUUUUAUAUCAUGGAAGCCUUCUGGGAUUUUGUUAGCAUGUUUCAGAGCACGGCCAUGGGGGAUGCAGCACCAGCAGAGCGCCCCGAGCCCAGGGCUUCUCGCUGCCGCCUCUUCGACUCCAGCAUGAGGAGCGUGGCCAGGAGGAUGAGGACUUUCCAGCAGUGGCCCCGCACCGCCCCCGUGUCUGCCCGGGACCUGGCCGAGGCUGGGUUUUACUAUGUGGGCCCCAGGGAUGAAGUGCAGUGUUUCUGCUGCGGCGGGGUCCUGAAGGACUGGAGACCCGGUGAUCGCCCCGUAGCGGAGCACCUGAAUUACUUCCCUUCCUGUAAAUACCUCCGUGGGAAGGAUGUCAGGAAGCAGGAGAUGGUGUCCUCCCUGCAGGGGAUCUUUGACGCUGUGGAUGGGCAGUUCCUGAGCGUCCUGCAGGGGAUAGUCAGUGAGGACGCAGCCCUGCCCAAUGAGCCGGAGUACCCCGAGAUGGUGAGAGAGGAGAUGAGGCUGUCCACGUUUGAGAACUGGCCACCAAAUUCCAACGUGUAUCCAGAGCAGCUGGCUAGAGCAGGAUUCUUUUACACAGGACAAGGAGAUGUAGUGAGGUGUUUUUACUGUGAUGGAGGCGUGAGGAGCUGGUCUGUUGGAGAUGAUCCUUGGAGGGAACACGCCAAGUGGUACCCAGAGUGUGAAUUUUUACUGCACUCGAGGGGGAGAGAAUUUGUUAGCAGUGUUCAGGCGACCUUUUCUACCACCCUGCUGGCUCCAAGACGUUCCUGGGAUUGGACUGAGCAAGGCUCCUCUCCAUCCCAAGAUCCUCUGAGGAAUUGGAAAUUGCUGGCUCAUCCUUCUGAGGAUCAGAGUCUCAUAGUGCAGAAUGUCCUGCGGAUGGGCUUUGACCCCACCUGGGUGGCAAACCUGGUAGAGAAUAGAUUUGCAGUGACUGGGACUUUCUACCCGUGUGAGUCUGAGCUGGUUUCAGACCUGCUGCAGCCAGGCUGGGGGCCCAGCAGCAGUGCAGGAGGAAGCAGAGGUGCUGCUCAGAGAGGGGCUGGAACAUCAAGACAAGAAAUGCGAUCUGUGCAGCAAAAGGAAUCAGAUGAGUCUCAGCUGAGCACAGAAGAACAGCUCCGCCGCCUGCAAGAGGAGAGGACGUGCAAAGUGUGCAUGGACAAGGAUGUGUCUGUUGUGUUUGUUCCCUGCGGCCACCUGGUAGCUUGUGAAGGAUGUGCCCUCAAUUUGAGGCUGUGUCCCAUCUGCAGGGCUGUCAUCCGGGGCAGUGUGAGAGCUUUCAUGUCCUGAGCCGCGGUGCACCCAAGGGGAAAGAAAAGUCUAUACACUUACAGACUUAUCUUUCCUCAUAGAUAACUCAUUCACAACUCAGCAGAGGGGGGAAAUAAGUAGAUGGUUUGCUGGAGCAAUCUUAUUUGCAGGGUAGCUUGUUGUUAAGUGUAAAUCCUCACUGAAUGUGUUUGCCAUGCACAGUGUUUCUAGGAGGAACUGCUGGUUUGAUCUGUUCUUGCUUUAGGACCGCUCCAGGAAAACUCUGCUGGGCUCUUCUGGCCUCCAAAAUGAGGCUUUCAUUGACAGAGAUUCUCUUUCUGUACGUUUUUGUGUUCUCAAGUGAAUCUUUGCUCUCUGUGUUGAAAUCAAAGACUGUUCUCAGCAGACUCUCUGGUUCUUUCUCACUCACUUAGCAGUUGUCUAGAGAUUAUUCUGCUAGGGAUUCCUUCCGGAAGUCUGAUUGAAAAUGGGAGUAUUUUUUGUACGAAAUUCAUUCCAUUGAGACUAGAAUACUCAGCAGCAGUGUGUCGUGGGGGAGGGAGAAUCUACCUUUUUCUCCCUUUUUGCUGUUUGGUUUUCCCCCCGCCCCCCCCCCCCUCCUUUUUUGUUGAAUUUUCAACAGCUGACAAAACAUUUCAGUGAUACUCAAAUUUGCAUAACUAAGUGGAAAACCUGGCCUGACUCUCCAAUCCCUCUGCUCCCAGUUGACUUCCCCAGGUGGAAGACUCUUUGCUCAGAGUCACUGGAUGGUCUUCUGCAAGCUUCUUAUGGAGCUCUUCCCUUGCUGUUGGGGAUUAUCCUACUAGAAAACAGCUCUGGAAAUGUACCUUCUUAGAACGUGUGUUUGCUGGCUAAACUGGUGAUUCUUAUUGAAAGUGGAAUAUUCCAUCAUGUAGCCAAAAGCAGUAAGUUUCAUCCACGCUAUCCCUUGUUAAGUGAAGGGAAAGGAAAUAUGUUUUUAAAAACAAACUGUUCUUUUUCAUGGAAUAAAUUCUUUCUUUUGUUUAA